UCUGUUGAAUUUGACUAUAUGUAAACUUCUUACAGGAAUCUGUGAAACGAUCCUUGGUGAAAAGGUUUUAGGGGCAUGUUUUUGCAAGUUGAAUGACAAUAUUUAUUUUUUUCUGACAUUGCGGGAAAGGGUAAUUCCAGUUACAAAAUUAUAACUGAUUCUCUAAUGGAUGAGACACUAGAGGGAAAUACUGAUGCUAUUCACAAAGAAGAUCAGGGAAAACCCGUGGAGGAGAUGCAAAGUAUGAACAUCAACAAUGACGAUUUUAAUAAGUUAGAGGAGGGUAAGCUGUUGAACAAGGUGACACUGACAAGAUGAAUAAGGAUGAGGAUUUGGAUUCCAAAGUUCAAGAAGAAAUGAACGGAAGUACAAAAGAUAUUGCUGAGGAGGAGCCAGAACUUGUCUUUGAUGGCACAGAGGUUCCUGAGAUGCUGGCUAAUCGGAGUUCAUCAACUCAUUCCUUGGAUCCUGAUCCAGUGGAAGAGGGAUCUAUGUGGCCUGAGAAAGUAGUGGCACUUAAGAAUUUUGUUAAGGUAAAGGGUGCUGCAGUGACCAGUGUCCUGCAUCGCCUUUCUCUAAAAAGAGAGGUGGUUGAACAUGCCACCGUUGAUGUCGAUAAGGACACUUCAGAUUCUUCUAAAUUUGGUGAGAAAAUCGCAAUGUCGCCGAGGACUGAAGAAAGAUCUGCUUGGAAUCCCUUAAACUACAUUAAGGUGUCACCUGAUACUGAUUCAGGAAGCAAAGCUGAUCAGGGGAAGAGUACCUUUGAAGAAUCACUUAUACCUAUAAAAGGAAGAAUUAUAUUAUAUACAAGGUUAGGAUGCCAAGAUUGCAGAGAAGUUAGGUUGUUUUUGCAAAGGAAAAGGCUUAGAUAUGUUGAGAUCAACAUUGAUAUAUAUCCCAGUAGAAAGUUGGAGCUAGAGAAGGUCUAUGGGUCUUGUGCCGUUCCUAAGGUCUUCUUUAAUGAAGUGCUGAUUGGAGGCUUGAGUGAACUGAAAGGCUUAGAUGAGUCUGGCAAGUUUCUUGAGAAGAUUGAUUUUUUGAUUGCUGAAGCACCAUCAACUGAAGCUCCUUUACCACCUCUUUCUGGUGAAGAUGAUGUAUCUGGUGAUGGGUCUGUUGAUGAACUAGCUCUAAUUGUUCGAAAAAUGAAAGAAACUAUAGUUGUUAAGGAUCGGUUAUACAAGAUGCGCAGGUUCACUAAUUGUUUCCUAGGUUAUGAAGCAGUGGAUUUUCUAUCUGAAGAUCAGUACCUGGAAAGGGAAGAGGCCAUUGAAUUCGGGCAAAAGCUUGCCAGUGAGCUCUUUUUUCGACAUGUUCUCGAUGAGAAUUUGUUUGAGGAUGGUGACCAUUUGUAUCGGUUCUUGGAACAUGAUCCUACUGUGUCAUCUCAAUGUCACAACAUUCCAGGGGGUAUAAUUGAACUGAAACCGAAGCCCAUUGCUGAAAUUGCAUCAAGGCUGAGAGUUUUGUCCUAUGCAAUUUUUGAAGCCUAUGCAUCAGAAGAUGGAAGGCAUAUCGAUUAUAGAAGUAUUCAUGAAAGUGAGGAAUUUGCAAGGUACUUAAGAAUUGUUCAAGAGGUCCAACGAGUGAACGUGCAGGACAUGGCAAGGGAGGAGAAGCUCGCCUUAUUCAUAAAUUUGUACAAUAUGAUGGCCAUCCAUGCAAUAUUAGUCUGGGGUCAUCCUGCUGGUCCACUGGAACGAAGGAAGCUGCUUGGAGAUUUCAAGUAUGUUGUUGGUGGGUGUACAUACUCGCUUUCAUCCAUUCAGAAUGGCAUUUUAAGGGGAAAUCAAAAGCCACCAUACAAUCUUUUGAGACCAUUUGGUGUAAAAGAUAAACGAUCGCAGGUGGCUCUACCAUAUCCUGAGCCUCUAGUUCACUUUGCCCUAGUUUCUGGUGCACGAUCAGGGCCUGCUCUUCGAUGCUAUUCUCCUGGGAACAUUGACAAAGAGCUGAUGGAUGCAGCACGGGAUUUCUUAAGAGCUGGUGGCCUUAUUGUUGACAUGAACGGCAAGGUUGCAUAUGCUAGUAAGAUCCUCAAAUGGUUUAGUGUUGAUUUUGGCAAGACCGAGCUAGAGGUACUGAAACAUGCCUCGAAUUACUUAGAGCCAUAUGAGUCUGAAGCUUUGCUGGAGAUGAUUGCUGGUGGUGAGUUGAAGGUGAUAUACCAGCCGUAUGAUUGGAGAUUGAACUGCUAGGCCUUUGACUAGUUUUUUUCCUACUCCCCUUAUACUCGAUCGACGAUCACAACGGUUAACCUGAUUUACAUAAUCUUAGUAAGGGCAAUCUCUAUUUAUUAUGUCGUGGAAACUUGAAGAUACACACAUACAUACAGCUUUUUCUGUCAGCCAGGAUGCAGCUUUUAUCAAAUAAAAUACCAAAGUGGCUUAAAGUUUUUA